AUGACUCCUGCGAGUACACCUCUACGCUUCGCGCACCCUCGUUUCCUGUCACGUACUGGUCUCUUUUGUGUUGGAUGCCGACCUCAUGCUGCAUUUGGAGAGGAGUCCCGUAUUCCCAUCUCCCGCAGGUGGCUGCGAACUCGGCCUCAUGAGCAACCUGCUCAGUUUCCUCACCCUGGACAACGAACAGCAACAGAAAGUAACUCAUUUCGGGGCGGGGCAAAUCGUACAAUUGAUCAAGCACCAAAUGAGUCGGGCAUACUUUACCAGGAUGCUGGAACCUUGAGUGAGGCGAAUGAAUUUAUCCUAGAGAGCGAGACCUCGGAGAACAAUAAUCAGAACCCCAAAUCGCAAGACUCCUACAGCCCAGAACAAUACAGGCCUGCCACUACUUGGAACUCGCUUCGAACGUUCAAAGCCAGUGACUGGGACGAACAUGCUCAUUUACAAUACCAUGGUUUCAUGCAGCAAAAUCAAAAGUCGCGGCAACCGAUUGAAGUCGAACAGGCUGUACACCAUGCACUGAUUGAACUCGUCACCCUAAAGCAGAAUGGGUUGGACUUUGACCUGGCCUACAAACAUGCGCAAAGCGUCCUAGAAGAGGAGUCUCUCACCAUGGGGUCAGUUGUGUUUGAGCAGAACUCUACUGGAACUCCAACAUUCCGAUUCCUCAAUCCGAAUGACGAAAAGGCGCUUCUUCGGGCACUCAAUGACGCCAAGCCAGGCCUCACGCCUAGCAAAACGUCGGAAAGCAAGAUGGUCGUCCAAAAUAGUGCACAGGAGAUGAAUGAUGCGCAAGAGACGGAUACAAUUUAUAAAGCGCAAAUAGCAUCGGAGCCAUCUGGUGGUUCUCAGGAACUCGAAGAACACACCAGAUCUGUUCUACAAGACAACACCGCUGUGAUUGAACCUCAGGAUUCUCCUGAUGAUACUUGGCACUCUGUUCGCCUCUCUGAUCCGGAGAUGAAAUUUGCUGUCUUCAAGCGUUCGGCGCAACUUACCGGCCUCCGUAUCUCCGAUUGCUCUAUCUCUUCAAUCAAGGACGUCUCAGACCUGUUGCGAUUUUUGAAAAAGACCCCGAAAGCAAAAAGACUCUCGGACGAAAUUUCAAGCCAAAAUGGCAGAUUGAAAGGGUUGGAGGGGUCAGCCAAUGUACAGGUAUUCGCAAAGAAAAAGACGACAAGGGACAAAGAGGAGGAGGUGGGAAGAUGGAAGGUCAUCGAGGAAAUGUUCAAACAAAAGGGGCUGGAUGGCGGAUCUCACAAGAAAACACUGGUCCAUACUGCCUAG